GACGCUUCGUUCGUGGAGCUUCUUCUGCUUUCUGCUGCUGGUUAUCUUCUUCCGGUUACCCGGCGUCCAUUUUACCCGCGCAUAGUAGUGCCGUCGUUGCGUCCCCAAAUCACUGCUGACAUAAUUCCGUCAUAACACUACAUAGACACUUUUCCUACGUGUUGGUUUUCUCAAAAUGGAUGGUCCACCAACCGGGAGAGGCGGAUUUCGGGGUCGUGGCGGUCCAGGAGGACCCCCGAUCCGAGGUCGAGGUGGUUUCGGAGAUAGAGGACGUUUAUUUAUGAACAGGGGUGGCCCACCUAGAGGCGGAGGAAUGAUGCGAGGUGGACGAGGUUGCGGACCUGGAGGACCUGGAGGAAUGAGAGGUGGACCUCCUGGAAUGCGCGGUAGAGGUGGACCGCCAGGCAGAGGAGGACGAGGAGGGCACUUCCCUCCAGGAGGUCCCCCAGAUGUGGGAAUGGUUGCGGGCCCAGGUGGUGGACCACCUCCUCCAGGAAUGGCUGGUCCACCAAGAGGAGGACGAGGAAGUGGUGGCGUCGGUGGUUUCAGAGGAGGUAGAGGUCGAGGAGACUUUGGCAGAGGCGACAUGAGAGGUGGAGGGGGUGGCUUUAGAGGAAGAGGAGGUGGUAUGGAUCGUGGCGGUGGCAGAGGAGGUGGUCGAGGGGCUGGAGGAUUACCGAGAGGUGGACCAGGUGGCAGAGGUGGUUUUGGAGAUCGAGUUGGUAGAGGUAGCGGUGGUCUCGGAGGUGGUGGUGGUAGAGGAGGUGCAAUAAAGCGAGGAGCUGGUCCACCAGGACCUGGUGGUCCUGCAAAAAGACCAAGAUUCGAUCAGGUUCCCCUCCAAAACUCCAAUGGAUAUUCUGCACCACAAAAUAACCAAGGAUAUGGAGGUGGUGGAGGCUCGUCAGGCAAUGGAUACGGCGGCCCUCCUCCCCCACAGCAACAACAGCAACAGCAACAACAACAACAGCCUGGAGGAGGUGGAUAUGGAGGCUACGCAGCCCCUCAAGGACCCUAUGUUCAGCCUUACUCGGGGUACGAGAGCUAUCAACAAGCUCCUGAAUAUGCACAACCCACAGGAUACGCAGCACCAGCCAUGACGGAUGGAAGGUAUGGCGGUGCUCCAACCGUCCCACCUGCAGCCUCCUAUAACUCGGCGGAUCCUUACAAUUAUGGCAAACCGUCAGGAACAGGUGACCCGUAUGCAGCCGGUUAUCAGCAAGGAGCUGCAGCCGCUGCAGCAGCUGGGGGUGGCGGUUAUACCCCUGCCAACCCCUACGAUGACAGAUCCUCUAACGCCACCACCGCAACUACCGGGGGUGGCUACUCUACGCAAUCCUACGAUUAUCCGAGUCAAGACAGCGGGUAUGGGAAGCAGGAUUAUGGUGGCAGUGCUGGUUACCAAAACGCCCAGUCUCAGCGACGCUAUUAAAUUAUGAUUAUUAUUAUUAUUAUUAUUAUUAUUAUUAUUAUUAUUCAAAGAAAAAAAAUCCUACAAAAAUGAUAGAGAAAAAAGAAAGGAAAAAAAACUAAACAAAAAUAAUGAUAACGGAAACUAUUUAAAUGUAAAUGUUAGAUAACGACUUUUUUAUUUCUUCUGUAUAAUUAUAUUCUAAAUUCAAAUAUCAGUCCCUUGACUUCCCCCGGCAAUGCGUUGAUUCGAUUUAUUGAAACGUGGAGCGAAUACGAAGUCUUGAAAUUGAGACGGCUUUAGGCUUCUUAAUUUUUACCCUGGCAUUUCUUAUGUUAUCGUUAAACACUUGUACGAAAUUAUUUUUUCAUCCAACUAAUGGUUAGAUGACAAAAGAAAACAUGACCGUUACAUUAAAACAAAUUUUCAUCUCACAAUUACUCAUUUCUCUCAGACGCAUGAAACUAACAAGUUUAUCAGUUCUGUUUUCAUACGCCAGAAGAAGGAACAAUAAAUUCAAAUUAAGCAAAUUAUUUUCCUCAUACUAUAUAGAUUAUUAUCAUCUAAUUGUUUCUUAGAUUAUUUAUUAUUUUGUUCAUUUUCUAAGCUGCAUGUAUAGGAUACAUGGUUGCCAGUAAUGAUGAUCGUCGGUGUUUGAAACGCUUGGAAUCAGAUGAAUUAACAAUUAAAUGAUAUAAGGAAAGCAGAAUGAAGAAAUCGAAUCUCCUUGAUUUCUUUCUGUUUAUUUCGUCAUCUCACGACAAAUCAUGGAAUCACUCUUCCUGAGAUGAAUGUUUAGUUAAUGGGUAAUAGAAGAUCCAGAAAUCAGGCUACGGUGACCGUGAUGAUUAUGAAAAAACGGGAAUAAAUUUAUUCUACGGAAGGUUACUACUUCAAUCAAAUGUCCGAACAAGUUAGUAUGAUAGGUACGAUAAUGGAGCCGCUAGGAGUCUAUUUGAAUGUAAUGAUAGAUACUAAUAAUAAUGAUAAUAAUAAUAAUAUUAAUAAGAAUGAUAAUAAUAAGUAACUGAACAGGAAACGGAAUUACUCAAUUUCGAUUAAAAAUUAUUUCAUAGGUACUUAUUUCAGAUUUUCAUAUUUCAUUUCAUUGACCCUUUAUUUCAUUUCCUUGCUUCUCACUAUUAAAUUAUGAGAGUCUUAUCAAUCAAAUUACACAUUAAGAUAAGAGUAUUUCGAAUAACGAUCUAAUUAUUUAGUAAUAACAAAUAUUCCAACAGACGCAAUACCGUAUUAGCUAACGAAGGGAAAACAUGAUAACAAACAAAGAUUGAAAAUGCCAGGGGAUAUUUUUAUAAAAGUCAUAUCGUUGAUAAUCAUAACUCUGCAAAAUAAAUUCAAACAAUGUUAAUUGAUCCAUAUUGCGAAACGGGAUGCAAAAAAGAAACAAGAAAAAUAAUCAAACAAAAGUAUACAUCAAUUUAGGUAUAUAGGUAUACGUAUGGAUGAAGGAGAUUCUUUUUUUCUUUUUCGUUUUCAACGCGCGUUUGGGGAAAAAUUGGGGGAGUCUUUUGUAAGAUUGUGUAUAUUUAAUGAAUAUGGACGAAUAAUUUAACGUAUAUAAUAAAUAACAAUAAUAUUGAUGAGUAACGAUGAUAAUGAUAAUAGACAUAGAGAGAUGGUUUCGACGAUAAUGACAAUUUAGUUACUGAAUUACUAUUACUUAUUAUUACUAUACAUAUACAUAUUGUGUGUUGAGAUUUAUUACAUAUAAUAAUGAUGAUGAUGAUAAUAAUAUAAAGAAAGAAAUGAAAUUAAAGCAACAAAAAAGAAUUAUA